GUCAAAACUGACACAGAAAAAAUGUUGAUCAAAAUAUUAUUUAGAUUUAUAUUGAUAAAAGCAAUUCUACAAACGUUUUUAAGUAUACCGAGGUAUGAUAAUGAAAUUCAGAAUUUGUACGACUUUUCUUUUAAAGAAGCUAUUUCCAAUAAUCCGUACCUUCUAGUCGAAUUCUAUGAUCCAGAAUGUUCUUACUGCCAGGAAUUUGCCCCAAAAUAUCAAAAAAUAUCAGAAAUUUUGCACAACAAACAGUUAAACGUCGUAAUUGGUAAAAUUGAUGCAACUUUAGAAAAAGAAAUAGCAAAAAGUGAGAAAAUAUCAGGAUAUCCUACAAUAAAACUUUUCGAUAAAGGUUCUCCAACCGUAUACAAGGGAGAUCGUUCAGUGUCAGAUAUUGUAAAUUGGUUAGAACAAAAAGUAAAUAAAAACGAAAAAUAAAAUAUGUAUGGUAU